AUGGAAGACUGCAUCCCCGUCAACCAAAAAAUAGAACACCAAGAACUUGGGGAAACAGGGCGGCCGUGGGAAGAAACGGUAACUACUUCCCAAGAUCCUGAGCUUGGGCUAUCCGAGGCCCUAGAGUUGGAGCAGAGGCCAGAAACUGGACUCCAGCCCAGGAGCAGCCCUCCUAGGACGCCCGGCUCUGGAGCCAGAACGCCGGAUCGACCUGUGGAUGACCUCGUAGGACAAUGCUCAUCGUUUCCACCUUCCUCAUCUCAGGAGCUCCCUUCCACUCUUUCUCCCCUGGCUCUGGCCAGGCAGGACUUUAUGGCACCAUCGCAGUCAGACAAGACCACUAGUGUUAUUUCUGAAGCUGAGACACCUCAUGUUGGCCAUUUGGAACAAUUAUCUGAUAAAGGCGGAUCAACUCCUCAUCAAAUAUGUCAAUCAGAGGGAAACACCUUUCAUCAACCUCAGCAAACCAAAUAUCCGCUGCAUGAACUGAGGGAUGUGAGCCACCACACCUCUAAACAGAAAGAGCUGAGAUUUGACAUUUUUCAAGAAGAUGACUCAAACAAUAACUAUCAUCUGGAUCAGCCUGAGUCUGGGGCUUCUGAAGUGGCCCCCAGCAUGCUUGAGAUUGCCAUUCAGAAUGCUAAGGCUUACCUACUGAAGACCAGUAGCAAGUCGGGCUUAAAUCUAUAUGAUCAUCUUUCUGAAAUGCUGACCAAGGUCUUAGAUGAGCGUCCUGAAAAUGCUGUGGACAUCAUUGAAAAUAUUAGCCAAGAUGUCAAGAUGGAACAUUUUAGUAAAAAAUUAGAUACACUCCAAAAUGAGAAUGAGAUGCUUGCAACCUAUGAAAUAGCAGAGAAGCAGAAAACUCUUUUUCUUCAGGGAAAUUUAGAAGGAGCUGACCAAGAGCUGGAAGAUGAAAUAGCAGAACACGCUCUUCCAAACAUAAUGGAAUCAGCUUUUUAUUUUGAACAAGCUGGAGUUGGUUUGGGCACAGAUGAGACUUACCGCAUAUUUCUUGCCCUCAAGCAGCUUACUGACACCCACCCAAUCCAAAAAUGUCGUUUCUGGGGCAAGAUCUUAGGUCUGGAAAUGAAUUAUAUUGUAGCUGAAGUGGAAUUCCGUGAGGGAGAAGAUGAAGAGGAGGUGGAAGAGGAAGACGUACCUGAAGAGAGGGACAAUGGAGAUAGUGAAGCUUAUGAAGACGAUGAAGAUGAAUUACCAAGGCCCUUUUACAGGGCCCCACAGGCCAUUCCAAAAGAAGAAAGCAGAACAGGUGCCAACAAAUAUGUCUAUUUUGUUUGCAAUGAACCAGGAAGACCAUGGGUGAAGUUACCAGCAGUGACACCUGCACAAAUCGUUAUUGCAAGAAAAAUCAAGAAGUUUUUCACUGGGCAAUUAGAUACCCCCAUUAUAAGCUACCCACCCUUCCCAGGAAAUGAGAGUAAUUACUUACGAGCACAAAUUGCCAGAAUUUCAGCAGGGACCCAUGUCAGCCCUCUAGGAUUCUAUCAUUUUGGUGAAGAAGAAGGAGAAGAGGAAGAAGAAAUAGAAAGUGGGAGAGAUAGCUUUGAAGAAAACCCUGAUUUUGAAGGCAUCCAAGUGAUUGAUCUAGUGGAAUCCCUAUCCAAUUGGGUUCAUCAUGUACAACAUAUCCUCCCUCAGGGGCGCUGUAAUUGGUUCAACCCCAUACAAAAAAGUGAGGAGGAAGAGGAGGAAGAAGAUGAAGAAAAAGAAGAAGAAAAAGGAGAAGAGCCUGACGACCUAGAGCAGGAAGUGGGACCUCCACUCUUGACACCAAUCUCUGAAGAUUUAGAGAUCCAGAAUACAUCGCCUUGGACAACACGGUUAUCCUCAAAUCUCAUUCCUCAAUAUGCGAUUGCAGUCCUUAGAUCCAACCUUUGGCCUGGAGCAUAUGCCUUUUCCAAUGGCAAAAAGUUUGAAAAUCUCUACAUAGGCUGGGGUCAUAAAUAUAGUCCAGACAGCUAUACACCUCCAGUUCCACCACCCGUUUAUCAAGAGUACCCCAGUGGACCAGAAAUUACAGAAAUGGAUGACCCUACUGUGGAAGAGGAGCAGGCUUUCAGGGCUGCACAAGAAGCAGCAGCAGAUUCAACAGAGGAGAAUGAAGAAACUGAGGAAGAGGAAGAUGACGAAGAUGAUUAUGACUAAUACAAGUAGAAUUAGCCCAGUCUUAUGAGACUGAUACACACAUACUCCUUAUUUGGGACUGAUUUAUAUAUAUAAAUUACAACUAUUCAUGUGUAAAAUAUCAUUCCCUGAAAAUAAAAAUUUGGAAUUUCACAUUUGGGACUAUUAAUAUGUACUUUUAGAAAGAUGCUCAACAGAUUUUUCAGAGGCUAAAUGACAUUUUCUUAAUUACUGUUCUGAUGGCUUCAGCUAACCGAAUUAUGUACUUCUGUAUUUUUUAAGCCUCAGGUUGAAUUUCUAAUGGGCAAACAUGGUAAUAUAUACCACACAAAAGCUACUUGGGGGGCUUAAAUAUUUUUUGAGUGUCAAGGAAUACUGAGACCAAAAAUAUUGAUAACCAAAUUAGAGCAUGUGUUCUUCAGCAAUUUGUGAUACUGUUGCAAAUACUGUAUGUAUAUACAUCUAUCUGUAUAUACAUAUAUAUUCCCCCCAACCCUCUAUGUGGAGAGGGUAUACAAUUCCAUUACCUGCUCCAAGACUGUAGGAACAUUCAAAUUUUUUAGCUUUUACCUGUUACUUCUUAAAGAAAUUUCUCAAUGUAACUCUUCUUUCAUCCUAUAGAAAUUGGUUUUUAUCUGAUUUGGGGGAAAACUAUUUGCAGAGAUGGCUAGCUGGGACCUCCAAAGACUUCAGACUGAUAUUUUCUAUCACUGCUUUUCUAAACUAGUUAUUUUUAUUCACUAAAAAAGUAUUUUUAAAUCCUAUAUCCCUGGCACUCCAAGGUUACUGUUAAAAACUAGGCAUUGCUUCAGAAAUCUUAGGAGCUUACAUUCAAGGAGGGAAAUAUUUUGUGAUACAAAUAUUAUGCCAUAGUAUAGUGUUUGUCAAGCCCUGUGGUGAAGAACCAGUUAAAAAA